UCCGGCCACAAGCGUUUCCGCGUUUUCCCCGUUCACUUCCGGGUCUACUCGGCUGUUGAUUGUUUGGGCGGGAAUUGAGCUGAGCGCGGCUACCUGAGGAUUGCAGCGGAGUCAGUGAUGAGGAAACUGAGUUAACCUACUUGCACAAGACUGUAUAGCUAGUAGGUGGCAGAGCCAGGAUUUGAACAUGGCAUUUGACCUCAGCCCUGGCUCAGUCUUAACCACAAUAUUUUCAGGCUACUAAUUGUUCCGUUUAGAUCAGGAUGCCUGGCAAAGCAAAUGCCUCCAAGAAAAAGCAACAGUUAAAAAGAAACCCAAAAAGAAAAAUUGAUGAUGAGGAAGCAGAGCUGUCAGAGAAAGAGGUUAGAAACAUAGCGAAAAACAAUAAACAACCAAAGCAUCUGUCUUCUGAAGCAGUGACAGGAAAAACAGAGCAUACUCAUCUAAAACAGAUAAAGAUAGCAUCCAACAAGAGAAAAACCUGGCAACCUCUUUCAAAGAAAAGCAGAGAACAUUUGCAAACUAUGAUGGAAUCAGUAAUAGUAUCAGUUUUGAGUAGCACUGUUAAAGAAAAUGAACAAAUUCAGUAUCACCUUAACUACCUGAAAAAAAGAUUGCUACAAUUGUGUGAAACCCUGAAAGUCCCUCCCAAAGAGCUGAGACAUUUAUCUAAUGUGUCAAAUGCACUGAAAAUGGAAAAGGCACAGCACAAAGCUAAUGAAGAAGGUCUGGCAUUAUUGCAGGAAGAAGUAGAUAAAAUGGUAGAGACCACAGAGUCAAUGACUGAGAAUAUUCAGAGCCUAAAGAACAAAAUUCAGAUUCUCACAACUGAGGUGGAAGAAGAAGAGGAGAAAGUAAAACAGAUGCUUCAAAUGGAUCAUAGUGGAGUACUCUGUCUUCCAGAACUUUCACAGAACAGUCUCAAAGCACCCAUACUUCAGGAAGAAAUUUUGACGCUAAUUCCUAACCAGAAUGCUCUUCUAAAGGAUUUGGAUACUCUUCACAGUUCAUCCCAGAUGAAGAACAUGUUAACGUUCAUCCAAGAAGCCUAUAACAAACUGGAUACCUCUUAAAGUUUUUAUAUGAGAUUGUUUUAUAUUAAUUUAAUAUUUGUAAAUUUGUAAAACUAUUAGCCUACAAUGAUAUUACAAAGGCUGAGACUUCAGUGGGUAUUAUUUUAAUUACAUGCACUUCCAAGUCAGACUAUGGAGAUCUACCAUGAGCAUCUAGUGUAGCCCUAGAAACCAGUUUAACAGCUGCCAAGUCUGGGAUAUAUCACGUGUUUGUAUUGGUGUAUCUUCAUUUGUUUGCCUGGUACCAUAAGAACAACUACAGUCUGAUAGAUUAUAAUGGCUGAUGGAGUUCAUUAUUCGUUAGCACAAAUAAAAAGUGAUGCUGUGAGUUAA